AUGGACUCCUUAUUUAGAACGAAAUCUAACGGUAGCAAAGCAACCAGUGUUGAUGGUGUGAAAGGCUAUUCGUCAUUAAUGGAUAUUUUUGAAUACCCAUCUCAGCUUGUGUUCGAUUACAUGCAUUUGGUAUGUCUCGAGCAUGCUCCACAAUUGAUAAAACGCUGGCGCAAGGCAAUAAAUAAGCAAGCUAUUCAAGAUAUAGAUAGCAUGUUACAACGAAUACGUAUUCCACAUAACAUGCGAGUGGUUUAUCUUGAUCCAAUUACGGUGGUUGAUCAACGGAAGGUAAAACAUGCUCGUUUAUUUGUCUUGCAUGUGGGCGUGCCAGUAUGUGUUGCCUAUCUAUCUCCAUUAUUCGCUUCUCACUUCGUCGUUUAUUCUCUGGCUAUGAAACUAUUACAUGCACCUGAUUCGACCGAAGAAAUCAUUUUCGCUAAACAGUUGAUUAACUUUUAUUGUAAAACAGCACCGCUCGUCUAUGAUUUGUCAAUCGAAUUAUUUUCUUUACAUGCACAUCUUCAUCUGCCAAAACAAGUCGAAGUUCAUGGAGCACUAGCGUUUACUUCGGCAGACACGUUUGAAUCAUGCAUAAGAUUCAUCAAAAAGAAAGCUCAUGGAACUGGGAACUUGGCUAGCCAAAUAGCGUAUUGGAUUGAUAUUCAGUGUAUUAUGAAAACUAGUCCGUUCGUAAUAUCAACGUCUGCUGUCAUUAACAAGAUACAUAUUGAUCACACUGUCGUUAGUCCAUAUCGUACGAUAUUAUUGAGACUUUUAACUGUUUACAAUCAAGAUGUUCGUGAUGUUGUAUUAUUCAAAAGUUGA